AUGGAGGCAAUGGAUCAGGUGAUGUUGGAAGUCAAAGUAACGUUUUAUGUGUUCAUUAGAUAUAUUGAAGAGAGAGAAACACAAGAAACGAAAAUUGUUAGUUGUGACUUCCUCAAGAUGGUCAAUUAUGAAGUUAGGGAGGAGCUUUUUCCUGAGGAAAAGGUGACAAAGAAUGCACUUCAGAAGAAAACAGAAAAGACACGAAAAACUUUCAGUAAUCAUUUGGAAGCACUUUCUAAUGAAUUAAUACUACGACUACCGCUUCUAGUCUUUCCUGGAGGAUCAACUCUCUAUUAG